AUGAGCAAGAAAGGAGUGCAAGGUCUAUACAAGUGGUUGCACGACCACCAGACUGGUAUCGCCGGUGACCCUGCUAGGCCUAGCAGGAAGGUUGCCAAGACGGAUGCCAUGACCGAUUUGGAGUUGAAGAAGAAGACCAAAGAGGUGAGUGUUAAAUUGGAGGAAGAGGGUGCCAAGCUCGAGGACAUUACCAAUGAGCGAGAGUGGAAGGAAGCGGCCAGGGAUGCCAAGGAGGCUGAGGAGGCCGAGAUGAAGAAGCUCGAUUUGGUUCUCGAUGCGAUUGUGGAGGCUGCUGGAACUCCAUCCCCUGAGCCUAAAAAGAGGCCAGCCGUCAUGCUCACCCAGCUCACCCAGGGCAAUGACGAUGAUGACGACAAGAAGGAUGAUGACGACAAGAAGUUACCAGUUGGCGCUGGUGGCGGAGGCGAUGAUGAUGACCUAUCCGACGAAGACGUCGAAAUCUGUUCCUUUUGCUAUUGCCUCCCCUGCGAGAUGAAGACCAGCGGAGACAUUCUUGUUGCCAUUGGCGAUCAGCACGUUGGCGAAGGAUACACUUCUGCCGAAGUCCGCUACCGUUUGUACCGUGAGGCCUUCCGUAUUUGGAAAGGUGUUGUUGGUCGUGGCAACCGCACGCCUCUUCCUGCUUGUUUCAUGGCUUUCAUCAAGGGAAGGUACCCCAAUCCGCCUGGUGUUCCCUACGUUGGAUUUCUCCCCCCUCCUGACAGUAAAGAAGCUAGGCGCCGUCGUGCUUUGGAGGAAAGGAGGGAAUUGGCAUUGGUCAGGACUGCGAGCAAAGAUUCCGACAAGUAUGACGAUGACGAUGCUGAUGACACGAGCCCACCCACUCCUCCUGUAGCUGGUCUCAGCCAGGCCUGGUCGCCGAUCGCGACCAAGAAGCGUCGCAAGGAUAACGGCGAUGACAAGGAGGAGCCACCCAUGGCCGCCUGA